CUUUGAUUGGGUGGACGGUCGGGCAUAUUGUCCAAUCAGCGUUAGGAAUUCCAGGGCGUGCUUUGUGUUUCAUGGAAAUGGUCAAGUGAGUCUUUCCCCGGCGCUGUUAGUCAUCUGUGUGACAAGCUUAUAAUGCGCAUUUGAUUGCUGUUAUAACCCCACUCACUCGUAUAAGAAGAUCGCUUGCAUUUCUGGAGAACGUGAAGACACGAGAGCUCAGGAAGGUCUCCUGGAGUACAUGGCACUACAUGCGGCUGCACCAUGAGCGGCGAGCCGGACGCCUUGGCUGUGGUCAACCAGCUCCGAGAUUUAGCUGCUGACCCACUGAACAGGCGCGCAAUUGUCGAAGAUCAGGGCUGCCUGCCGGGUCUUAUCCUCUUCCUCGAUCACCACAACCCACAAGUCGUCUACUCAGCUCUUCUGGCCGUGCGUUACCUGGCAGAAUGUCGAGCCAACAGAGAGAAGCUGAAGGGUGUUCUGGGAAUGAUGCUGAGUCUGCAGAACGUCAUGCAGAAGAGCACAUCCCCAGGGGAGACCAAACUGUUGGCUUCAGAAAUUUAUGAGAUCCUGCAGAACUCGAGCAACGCUGAGGCCGAACAGGCCGAAGAAGCCGCAUCGUGCCGCCGUAAGGCUCAGUUCUUCUUGGGUUCAACCAACAAGCGGGCCAAGACCGUGGUGCUGCAGAUCGAUGGUCUGGAUGACCCGACCAGGAGGAGUCUGUGUGAGGAGGCUUUGCUGAAGAUCCGUGGAGUCAUCAGCUUCACUUUCCAGAUGGCUGUUAAGAGGUGUGUGGUCAGGAUCCGCUCUGACCUGAAGGCCGAGGCUCUGGGAACAGCUAUCGCAUCAACCAAAGUGAUGAAAGCUCAGCAGGUGAUGAAAGGAGAGGACGGUAAUGAGGUGAUGGUCCCUCUGCAGGAGGACUCGGGCGUGGAGGUGGAGCAGAACCUGGACUUGCCCGAUUACCUUCCCGAGGACGAGAGUCCGGCUCAGGAGCAGCACAAAGCCGUGUCUCGCCUGGGCUCCAUGCAGGACGGUAUUGGCUGGCUGAGCACAGCCACCAACUUCCUGUCCCGCUCGUUCUACUGGUGACCCUCGGUGCCGGAACCUUCUGUCACAACGAGUCCAGAAACACUGCUGCAAACGAACUCGACCGCUCCUCAAGCUCACGUUAGCGCCCAUGCCACAAGAGACACUGAGCCAUAGAACAACAACUGCGGCUUUUCACGACGUGUCCUCCGUAGCUGCGCUUCCUUUCUUUCUCUUUCUCUCUCACACAUUCGCUCACUCGCUCAGCUUUCCCUUCAUCCAGAAGAUGUUUUUUUUUAAAGACGGUUUGGUCCAGUUUCUCCUCAUGGGUCCAUGUAUGAUACCAAACAGCAUUAAAUAUUAUUACAGUUUUUUUUUCUUUUUAUUUUAAGUUUUUUGGGACACUCAGUGCUCUGCCAGGUGACGUAACUUCCCUGGAACCGAUUUUCAGUUUUGUACGAAGGAGUUUUGAUUCUUGUGCAUGAAAUGAUGAAGUUUGACUAGUCGUUUUCUUCGCCUUUUUCUCCGUCUCACUUCCUGUGGGUUUUACUGCCUUGUGCUUUCUCUUUCUCUCACUUGCUUUCUAUAUCUUUGCUAAUUUAAAGAAAACUGACGAUCUGUUUUAAAGUUCCCUCUCCAUUUUCUGCUUUACUCGAUGCCUUCCUCCUCUGUGUGUGUGUGUGUGUGUGUGUGUGUGUGUGUGUGAUAUUUUGCCAUGCGUUUUCUUGUUCUCAUCUUCAGAUGAACCAUGUCCUUGUUUCGCGUGGAAUCGUUUUCGAAGGUACUCACGGUUAAAAGAACGGGAGAAACACCGGCUGCUGUCGAGUCAUCGAGCAAAAAGCUGUAUAAUCUAACAACAACUUAAUGCAUGCAAAGAAAAAAAGGGAAAAAAACACGCGUGCGCUAUUGCUACUAAGAUUAGUAACGGGUUCUCGUGCUACGUGCCAACCUCCGUAGGAACCACUGUAGGAACCUUACUAGGAACCACUCUAAAGAUUUACACCGAGAGCUGAUGACUCAUAACUAAUCCGGUUUGUUUUGGGAGAUUUUUUUUUGCUUUAUCGUUGUCUGCCUACAACACGAGUAUUAGUGUUUGGUUUUGUUGGUCAGAUGAAAUUGGUAGAGAUUGGAUUUUUUUUUUUUUAAAACAAACACAAACAAACGCACAGUCCGACAACGCACAAACACCUGGAUACGACUAACUAUUUAUAUGAACAAAGAGAAAAGGAAAACACACCAACAGUGUUAAACAGGUGCGACACCAGACUGACUAAUCCCUAAAUAUCUCCUGUACUGUUGAGUGCUUAAAUUUUUAUCAUUUAGUUUCCCAUUUCAUCAUUUAGUUUCCCAUUGGUCAUUUUUUAGACUCACCUCCCUAAAACACACAGGCACAUGUUUAGAUGUAGAAGCUUCUCCUGUACAGAGUACGUCUGCUGUUACAUGUGUAAAGACUUUCCGACCGUGGAGUUAUCGCCUGCUCACAGUAACGUCAUUAUUAAAUAUAUUAAACAAUA